AUGGUGAGGAUUAGAGGGGGAUCCGUGAGUGCCAGACGCACUUUCAUGCUGCGUGACGAAGAGGAUGAAUAUGUUCAAAUUGUUGAACCCACCAUCAAAUCACCCAAGAAGAAAAUUGGAAACCGAGGUGGAAAAAUGAAACAAUCUGCUAGAAAAAAGCACAAUGUGCCAACUAGAAAGCCAUCUGCUGAACUAUCUGAUGAGCAGAUGGAGGAACAUCAAUUUGAAGGGUAUCCAGUGAGUGACAAUGAAGAGGAACCAGUGCAGCCCACCAAUGCAGAUGUAACAAAUGCAGAAAAAAUUGCUGAGAAACCAUCUACUAGGAGAUCACCAAGGACAAGGUCUGGUGUCCAGAGUGCUACGCAAACUGCUCAGCACAGUGAAAAAAGAAAGUGUUCUGAGCAGCCUGAGACCGAAACUGCUGCUGAACCCACUUCUCUACCCAAGUUCAUCGAUGAUGAAGCCAGAGAAAGGAAAGGCAGAUCACAUAUUGAUUUCAUUUCUCGUGUCAACUCUGUUAACAUUGAACUGAAUCCUGACAUUGUUAACUCUGUUUUGGAAACCAAAAUUGAAAAUGGUUUUAAAGCCAUUUUCGUUGCCAAAAGGAAUCUACUCGUACCUCCAGAAAAUAAAAAUACACACCGAAAAGAGCCUAGAACUGAGCCAACCACUGAGCCUACCCCAGAGUACCGUGCCUCCAGUUCUCAACCACAGGACAAGGGAAAAGCUCCGGCAACUGAAGAAGAGACUGAAGAGGAGGAUGAUGAUGAUGAGGAUGAGGACACUGAGGAAGAAGACUCUGCUCAGUUUCGUCUGGUUAGAAGAAGAUCUGGAUCCUCCAAAAUCACAUUUUAG